GAAGGCUUUGAGUAUAGCCGUAGCCCUUUCAACAUUUAACGCCACUCGCCCUCCUCGUCUCUUCACUUUCCGAAACCCUCCUACUUCUUCUCCCCUUCGUUCAUCCCUCCUCCUUCUUCCAGCCUUCAAACUCAAGAGAUUCUCAAUCUUCUCCGCUCACAAACCGCCGCCGGCGCUAGGGUUUUACGCCGGAGUAGCAACAAUGGUGGAGAAGCCAGCAUCUCCGCCGUCGUCAGUCCAAGUGAAGGACCAUAUUGAUUUGACGGAACAUGAGGAGAAGAUAUUCAACUGUCUUCUUCAAGUUGUCGAGCAAUUUAAUCUCAAAACACAGCUUCGUGUUGCUGGUGGUUGGGUUCGCGAUAAGCUGCUAGGUGAUGAAUGCUAUGAUAUUGAUAUUGCUCUAGACAACAUGUAUGGACGAGAAUUCUGUGAGAAAGUGAAUGAGUACUUAUCAGCAUCAGGUCAGGAAACCCAAGGAGUUGGUGUAAUCCAGUGCAAUCCCGAACAGUCAAAGCACUUGGAAACAGCAAGGAUGCGCCUUUAUGACGUAUGGAUUGAUUUUGUCAACUUAAGAGCAGAAGACUACAGUGAGAACAGUCGUAUUCCAACAAUGAAAUUUGGCACUGCAAAAGAGGAUGCAGAUCGCAGGGAUUUGACCAUUAAUAGCUUGUUUUACAACAUAAACACCAAGUCAGUCGAAGAUUUUACAGAAAGAGGCAUUGCAGAUCUGAAGUCGGGAAAAAUUGUCACCCCACUACCUCCAAAGCAGACCUUUUUGGAUGAUCCCCUAAGAGUCCUUCGAGCUGUUCGUUUUGGUGCAAGGUUUGGGUUUAUGUUAGAUGAAGAACUAAAGAAGGCAGCUGCUGAUGAGGAUGUGAGGGCUGCUAUUGCUGAUAAAAUUAGCAGAGAACGGAUAGGACAUGAAAUUGAUCUUAUGAUAUCUGGCAAACAACCAGUCAAAGCAAUGACUUAUAUUGCUGACUUGAAAUUAUUUUGGGCUGUAUUUAGUAUUCCUACUGAUUUUGAACCUUCAAUUCCUGAGGAAUAUGAUAGGCUGUGUGUUGCUUGCUUGGAUUUAGCUUGUGGGCUUUUAAACUUAAUUGGAUGGUCCUCAUUUUCUGAUGAUCAAAGGAGACUUUGCCUGUAUGCUGCUUUAUUUCUGCCAUUCAGAGAGACCAUUUAUAGAGAUAACAAAGCCAAAAAGAUUCCAGUUGUCAACUAUAUUUUUCGCAAUUCUCUCAAGUUGAAGGCCAGUGAUGCGGAAACAGUCAUAAGCUUGCAUACUGCAACCAAGAAGUUUGUCACCUUAAUUCCAUCACUUGUUUCUAAAGAAGAUAUCAAAGUUUUAGAAGUUGAAUGGAAAAAAGAUACCAUUGAGGUUCCAAUUGCUUCGAGGCUUAGAAUAUUGGCUGGACUGCUACUUAGAGAAAUUAAAGAAUUCUGGCGCGUUGCUCUUCUUCUAUCUAUGCAAUUACAUCCCGUUGACAUUGUGUCCUCUACAAGCUUCUCAAAUGAGAACUUUGAACUGGAGAAGAGAAGUGGAUUAUUCAAGUCAGUAGAGAAUGCAGUGGGAGCGCUAGGUCUGGAGAAGGUUUGGGAAUUGAAACCUUUGGUUAAUGGAAAGGAAAUUAUGAACAUUUUGCAGAUUAAAAGUGGAGGGCCAGUUGUUAGAGAAUGGCAACAAAAAUUGCUGGAGUGGCAGCUCGCACAUCCUUCUGGUACUGCUGAAGAAUGUCUUGAUUGGAUGAAGCAAACACAGUCAAAACGUGCAAGAACUGAGUAGUUGUAUCUGCGCAGUGUGCAUCCGGUAGUUGAUAGCAGUUCAGAAUCAAGAUUUUCCUCAUUCCCCACAUUGUUGUCUGCUGUUUCAUUAUUGACUUGCACCAGUUUACCUCUAACCCCUUUUUAUAUCGUAGAAUAGCUGAAGAGGAUGAGGGAGAGGAAAAGUAGUUACCAAUUACCAGGCACUGCCUAUGCAUUUGUAUAGCUUCUAAUGAUUGUAUAGUGAUGCUAAAAGACUUGUCAGAUAGGAGUCCUUUAAAUAGUACAGAACUGAGUUGAAGUUGGUCAUGUCUGAAGAAUUAUCUAUAUUUAUCCGGUGGAAGAAGAAAAACAGUUUACUAGGAGGAAGAGGUUCAAGUUUCGCAGCAUGACUAGGCUGUCAUUUAGUGGCAUUAUCAAGAUUUUCCUAUUUUUUGUUACUUGUACUCCUUAUUGAUAUAGCAUAUAACUUUUGAAGGUAGAUAGGGGAAGGGAUGGGGGCGUGUUCCCUCCGCCUAAGCGAUGACUGUAAAAUAGAUACAGUAAUGCAGUUUGGAUCUUCUUCAAGCACAUCAGAACUUAAGCUUGCUGGACAAGUUACAGGUUUUGUCAACAACUAGUUUUACUAGGAGUAACUGCAUUUGUGAUUUGUCUCUGCCGCUAAGGUGAAACUUUACCAAACUGGCCUUUUUGUGUCCUGAAGUUUUUCCUUGGAAAACUAAAUUUUGCUGUAUUCUGGUGGCUUA